AAAUCCAACUUAAAGGAGAGGAUCGACCGUAGGUGAUGUUACUUUGUGGUUUAUUUAACCAGGACCACCUGAAGGAUUUUGGGUGUUUUACUGAAGUAAAAGAUGUUUUUUUGGCUCCAGCUGUGAAGCGAAUUUAAGUUAAGUAUUUAGCUGGUUCAGAUCCUGUUUGAUGAUCUUUCAGACAAUAAUACGAGAACAGAAUGAGAUAAAUUUAAUGUUUUCACAGCGUGAUUUGGUUUGAUUGAAAGGAAACACUAAAACUACUAUUAAAGGCCAAUUCAGGGACACAACAUCCAACUUUUUCCAGGCCUAAAUUGAUAGCAGGCUUUUCUGCUACUUUCUCCUUUCCCUGCUCUCUGUCUCACUGUGAGUGGACCCCCUCACACAUGGAGAGGAGCAGAGAGAUAUUGUGAACAUUAUGUUGUUGUAAGUGCAUCGAAAGCUUCCUCCCAGGAGUCCCACUGAGCAUGAAGAGACAAUGAAGCCGACAGGGAAAACAUCACCAUCAGUGGAGCUUUUCAUGGUCACACUCUGUGUUUAAAACUUUUGCAGACCUGUAAGCUGUUACUGUGGCAGGUUUGAAAUCCCUUAAACUGCUGAGCCUUUGAGCUUUCAGCUGUUUUCUCCUGCUCAGAAUGAACCUCUGUGAGGCGACUGUGUGCUGAAUCACGAUUAGCAGUCCUGAUGAUUUCCCUUUGGUUUACAUGCUGGAAAAACUACACAGAACUUUAUAGAAAUUAGCUGAGUCCAUGGGACUUUUGUCACUGAUACCAACUGUUGACCGACUGAUGGAAACUGUGUGUUUGUAUCCAACAGCUCGGGUGGAGGCCGGUCAGCGCAGAGUUUUGGAUGAAGCCACCAGACAGAGGAGGCUGGCCCGUCAGCUGGAGGCUCUGGAAAAAGACAACUUCCAGGAUGACCCUCUGUCCUCCCUCCCCCAGGUCCUACUGCCUGCCUACCUGCCUUCAGUAAGUCUGAAGAACCAGCAGAAAGUCUUACAGAGAGGCAUCUGGAGCAAUUCGGGUUUCAUCAUCCUUCCUAAUGAUACUUUGGUAUUCAAACUGGAGGAGCUGAGACCACUUCAAGCAGAGUUUCAGGAAGAACUUCACCACACUGCUGGAGGAGGUGAACUACCUGUCAGUGGCAGCCCGCCAUUCUCGCUAACUGCACAUCACUUCUGCUGCGUCUGCGGGUUCCCGUCGCACUACACCUGCACCACCUGCGGGGGGCGGUACUGCAGCACCAAGUGUCUGUGCACACACAGAGAGACGAGGUGUUUGAAGUGGACGCUCUAACUCCCACCACCUUGUUGCCAUGGUGAUGGAGGUGAGGGUUGCAUAUGGGAUGCAUGAAGCUGCAUCAUAAAGAGAGUUUGAACCCUUUCUGGCUCCGCUGGCUGCUGUGAGAGCAGCUGGACAGAGACUCACCUGUGCAGGUGGACAGGAGGCUGCUUGUGAUGUCACAGGACUGCAGAUUCACUCAGGAGUUUUGGCUGCUUCAGUAUUUCUGUAUAUUUUUCUUUACACUGUCAGUUCUUUGUUUACCUGUCAAAACUUAGCUCAGGGUGCAAAUGAAGAGACAUGCCUGGGUUUGUUGCAUCAUCAUCAUCAUCUGAGUGGACAGAAUCAGAUUAAUUGUAAAUAUCUGUGUAUCUGUAACUUUAAUGUUUUCUUUAUAUUUCAAUAAAUCAGAUCUGACUUCACACAAA